AUGUCGGAGAAGCUUGAAUCUGGGGUUGACCACAGAGCGCCCCCUUACGAAGCCUCAUCAACACCUCCACCAGCAUUUUCUGAGAGCAAAAAUCUAUCACAACCAAGCCUCCAUUUUCAGCUUACAACCGCUCGAAGUGGUCGCAUACUUGACCUUAUCAAGUGGCAGAUCGAGCCUCUACUGUAUGCUGAACUCCUCGAAGGAGCCACUAAAAGAGUCUUUGUUGUCAUUCCAGCAAAUGUCUUGGCCAAACAGCCUGACCUCGCAGCAAAAGACAUAGUCAGUUCACAAGAUGUCGAGAUUAUCACUUUGAUCCGGCUCGAUGGCCCAGAAAACAAGUCAGCCUUCUGGCUGCAGCCGGGCGUCAUCCAGGAACUGCCAUCACGUUUACGAGAACGCCUUGCCGCAUCCGGUCACAAGGUUGAGCCCGCUCCCAUGGAACCCAUAGAGCCACCCCAGGGAACAUCGACACGGGAUGUUCAAUCGCAAAGACAGGCUUCACCCUCUUGGCUGAUCAGGCAGUUCGGCACGCCAGGUCCGCAGCACGAUCCCACUGCCACCACUAACUAUAGACUCGGCUGGAGGUCUGAGAAGGAGAAUCUACCGCAGAGGGCGCUGGCGCUGGAUGAAGUGCGAGUCUUGGCUACUGCCAGGCCGAUCUCCUUUCGUGUUGAGACUGAAAUGGGUUUGCUUGAUUCUUUCACCGGAACGGUUCUGUGGCUCGAGAUUGAAGUGGGCACCUGA